CCGUCAUCCGAUCGGCAUCUGUCCCUGUGAAGAGUGGAGUUCCGGUGGUGGAAGAUGGUAGCGCGGGGAAUGUCGCGCGGUGACCUGGCACAACAUGUUGCAUCAUUGACCUCACCAGGCUGCUCUCUCUCCCACCUUCAAUCUCCUCCCUAAACGAUGUCGUUUCCCAACCAUCCUCCUCCUCACUCCUCCUCCUCUCGAGGCCCCUUCCACCGCCGCGCUCAGUCCGAGGGCCAAUUCCGAUUGCCCGACCACUUCGAUCUCGAACCUUGCUUCUUCGAUGGCCCUUCCUUCGCCUUUGAAGAUCUAGCAGCAUCGGAGGAAGACCUCCUCUCCGCCUAUAUGGAUCUUGACAAGUCCGGAUCCCAACUUAACUGUGCAUUAGCCGACCCCAAACCUGGUACCUCCGACACUAAUAAUGCCAAUGGCGGAUCCGUUGGAACUAGCGGUGACGGUGACAAGCCUGCCAGGCCUCGGCAUCGGCACAGCAAUUCAGCCGAUGGGACUUUCGUGCUCGAGGCCAUUGACUACAAGAAGGCAAUGGCUCCGGAUAAGCUUGCCGAAUUGUGGAUUGUUGAUCCUAAGCGAGCAAAGAGGAUUCUGGCAAAUCGCCAAUCUGCCGCUCGUUCAAAAGAGAGGAAAGCGCGCUAUGUAGUAGAACUUGAGAAAAAAAUUCAAUCCCUUCAAACAGAAGCAACCACUCUUUCCGCUCAAUUAAAUCUUUUCCAGAGAGAUACGACUGGUUUGACUAGUGAAAAUACAGAACUGAAGCUUCGGUUACAAGCUAUGGAGCAACAAGCUAAGUUACGUGAUGCUUUAAACGAAGCACUGAAGAAAGAGGUCGAUAGGCUUAAGGUUGCUACUGGAGAGACAGUAACUCCAACCUUAACCCAAACCUACAAUGUGCAAGCGCAUCAAAUCCCAUACCCUCAAGGUUCUUUCUUCUUACAUCAGUCACAGUGUGGACCAGUUGGUGAACCUCAGAUUAUGCAAAUGCAACACUUACAUGCACUCUCAUCUAGUUUACCAAAUCCUCAUCAGCCGCCGCUUGCAAUAGCCAGCCCGCACGACUUGUCGGAAAUGUUGCCUCAGGAAUCUAUUGGCCAAUUUCAGGGGCUUGAGAUAAGCACCGGGGGUGCCCCCAUUCUGACGCCUGAUGGUUCCUCUGGUUCUGUCAAACAAAUCAGCAGUGCCUUUUGACGCAAAUUUGAUUAACCAACAUGUCACCGCCCAGUUUAUUGAAUUGUUCAUAGACUGACGUUAGCGAGACACGAAGGUAUUCUUUUUCUCUGCAAUUAAUUCUUUACUUGAUCAAAUUUCAGAUUGUUGGCGGCUUAUUCAGGGUCCCCGAGCUCACUCUUCCAAAAUUUUGUUAGCCUUGUCUGAAUUUGAGUUCCUUUUAUUGAUA